AGCCGGUGGAAUUGACGGACACACUCGUGUUAGUUUUUUUCCUUCUGUACUCACAGGGGGCCGCGUCAGAAAAGCAAAUAUUUUUGGACCUUUAACAACUCUUGAGAAAAAAAAACAAAUUAAUGUUACAGUAGAAAUUUACUGCUUUACAGGUUGCAACUAUUAUGGCCGGUGCCACCACAAAGACUGUACACGAUAUUUUUCAAAGCAUGGAGUACGGACCAGCAGCAAGUUCCAGCAGUGGCUCUGCACAGGCCUGGCUGAAUCAUCAUUCCCGCGCUCUGGGUCUGUUUAUUGAUGGCAAGUUUGUCCGUCCAGAAGACAGACAGACUCUCUCACUGAGGGACUCCAGGGGUGAUCUCGUGUGUCACACGGUGUGCGCUGUAGAGGCUGAUAUUUCCCAGUGUAUAUCCUCUGCCCUUCAGGGCUUUGAUGUUUGGAGUGGCCUCUCCUGCUACCAGAGAUCCAAAGUCCUGCUCAGGUUGGCGAGCACCCUCGGGCAACAUGGCCAGAGCGUCACUGAGCUGUGUGACCUGUGUCAAGCCUCCUUCAGCUCCUCCGCCCUGGUUCGAAUGUUGCAGUACUACAGCAGCUGGGCUCAGCUCAGAGACAGGCUCAUUGCACACUGGAAGCCACUGGGUUUGGUUGCAGUGGUUACCUCUGAUGACUGCACUCUCUAUCCCCUGAUGCUCAAAGUUUUGCCCGCGCUAGCCAUGGGUAACGCUGUCAUUAUUGUCCCUGGUCAGUGCACUGCAGCUCCAAUGCUUCUGCUGUCUCAACUUUUCAUGGCUGCAGGCAUCCCUGCAGGGGCCCUCAGUGUUUUAACUGGCAGUGACAUCUCACUGGCUGCUGAUGUGGCCAUAAACCCCAACAUCAGCUAUGUCACCUACAGUGGCAACAAGCAGGACGGCAUGAAGCUGUGUAAAGCCACAGCAGGGAUGGGUGUCCCAGUCUCCGUAACCCCGACCAUCGGCGCCACAUGCCCCAUCAUUAUCUUUGAGUCUGCUGAUAUCAACAGUGCUGUGGAUGACGUGAUAGAGACUGCCUUCAAAAAGAAAAAAGAGACACACUGGGUGCUGUGUGUGCAGGAGAGUGUGUUAAACAAUGUGGUGGACCGUCUGCAGCUGCGCAUUGCAGGCUUGAAGUGUGUGCCUCUUCCCAGCUGUGAAGCCAGGUUGCUAGUGGACGCCGCAGUGCAGGAAGCUCAACACAAGGGGGCCACGUUGAUGCCGUCCUGUGCCGUCCCCUCUUCUGGACCCCAGUAUCCUCCUACAGUUCUCUGUGGAGUGGCCCCCUCCUUUCAAUGUGUGGUCACGCCCUCUCCUGGCCCGCUGCUCCCUCUUAUGACCUUCAGAAGCAACACAGAGGCAGUGACGCUCGGCAAUCACAGUCCACAUGGCCAAGCAGCUUCUAUAUGGACUGAAGACCUCACUCUGGCUCUGGAGACGGCAAAGAGUCUGUCUGUUGGUUCAGUGUGGGUGAACUCCAAACCUCUAUCUGAUCCAUGUCUUCCUUUUUCGGGUCACAAAGACAGCGGCACCUGCACCGACGGAGGGCAGGAGGGUCUGUAUCAUUUUCUACAACUAACUUCCACCUCUGCUGUUCGUCGUACUUCACCUCUUGCUAUGGACUACACAAAUUUUGGAACUGAUGCACCUCAAGUUAUAAUUCCGGAUGAAACUGGUACGGCAAAGUCCUACUUACAGUUUGUUGCUGGCAAGGUAUGCAAGUCAGAGUCUGGCUGCAGUGUGGCAGUUUAUCCACAAGGAAGCGGCAGCGUGUUGUGCUACUGUCCCGACGGAGGCCGGAAAGAUGUCCGUAAUGCCGUGGAGGCAGCUAUCAAAGUUCAGCCUGGGUGGAUGAAAAAGAGUCCAUCUGCACGCGCUCAGUCCAUUCAGUCUCUGGCCAAGGGCCUUGAGGGAAAAAGGCGAGAAAUAGCGACGUCAAUCAGCAGCCAAACUGGUCUCCCAUUGGAACAAGCCGACACGGAGGUGGAGCUCAGCAUCGCCAGGCUCAGUGAAUGGGCGGCCUACUGUGACAAAGUUUGCGGCAGAACUCUGCCUAUGCCACAGUCUGGCUCAGGUCUCUCCAUCCCUGAAGCGCUGGGCGUGGUAGGGGCGGUCCUACCUGAGAAGCAACCCCUCCACUCCAUGGUAACAAUGCUUGGGGCAGCCAUCGCCACAGGUAACGCCAUCAUCAUGGUACCCAGCGAGGAUUGUCCACUGCCAGCAUUGACUUUUAUUCAGGUGCUCCAGUCUUCAGAUCUGCCUGCAGGAUUGGUGAACGUCAUUACAGGAAGAAGAGACCAGCUAACAAAGGCUUUGGCGAAUCACAGCGUCAUCAAGGCCAUCUGGUAUUGGGGCAGUGAUGAGGGCUGCCAGUACCUGCAGCACACCUGCACCAGCCCUCUGAAAACGCUGCGCCUGUUCGGGAAAGACGGUGACAGGGACUGGUCUCACGCCUCUGUCUUAGAGGAGAUGUGGAGGAACGCCAUCCAGUGGAAGAGUGUGUGGAUUCCUACAGCAUAAUGACAAAAAAACAAGAAGAUAAAGGUUGUGUUUUCUUCUAAAUCUCAACUUAAUUGGUUUUACAUAUACAGUGGUACCUCAACUUGCGAGUAAUUCGGCUGUUUGCUAGAGCAUAAUUUUAUGUACGGACAUUUCCGAACAUUUGAAGUAGUAUUUGUCCACAGCUGUAAUUUAGAUUAUAUCGGUAAUUAUAGGCAGUUGAAUUCCUAAAUGUUGGCUGUCACUUUGCAACAGAUAAAAAUUAGCUUGAAGCUAUCGCUGGUCUGUGCAAUAAAUGUAUAGUGCAAUGUCCGUAUCACAUAAACAAACAGCCCACAGCCAGAGAUCGACACAAUCCGGCUGUCCAACCACCGGAAAUUACAACAUGAGUGCAAAGGAUGACACCCAUCAAAUCAAAACACCAAACCAUUAAAAACAUUUAGUAGCCUCUGUGAAGUGUUCACAAUCAUCAGGGCCGUCAGUCUGCACCACCCCUAAGCAGAAUUUAACGUCCACGCCAAAACAUCCACACAGCGGACAUUAAUCCAUGAAAAUAUAAAGAAGCUGCCGAAUGGUCUGCACGACUUUUCUCAUAUGUUCUUUUCUCCUGACUUCACAAACCGGACGAAUGAGCAUUAGCCUUGCUCACUGGGUUGUUGCUGUCAACUCUGAUCUCGCUAGUACGUUACUCAAAGAGGUCUGUGGUCAACAUAAACAACAAAUUCUUAGUUCAUAGUAUUCUAGUUCAUACGAAAACAGUGUUGCCAGAUCCCAUGAGAGAAACAAGCAGGCACUUGUAAGAAAAUAAGGCUAAAAUCGCUUAUAAUAAGCGGACUUGGCAACACAGGAUGGAGAAGGAGCCUGAAGGAGAUACUGCAUUAGUCCGGUUCCCAAGAUAAAUGCUGUACAAUAUUACAUAAUUUUAUAAAGAGUGUUUAUAGUAGAUUCUAUUGGAUUGACUUUCAAACAAUAUUUACUAUCUAAAAGUUUUUUAUUCUUUUUAAAAAGCAUGUUGCAUGUUAAAAUUGUGCUCCUUGGGUGGGGAAGACAAGCUUGCAUUAAAUUGAUUUCAGUUUAUUUCAAUGAACGGGACUGAUUUGAGAUACAAGUGUUUUGAGGUACAGUGUAUGCGCUCAAUCGAGGAAUGCAGUGCGCUUCUAAUUGAAACACACUUAAGUUGGUCCUGUUUAUGUCUGUCGACAAAGUCAUCAAGUAGUGGUCCACUGUGUUCAUCUUAUUACCGUAUUUUUCGGACUGUAAGUCGCUCCGGAGUAUAAGUCGCACCGGCCGAAAAUGCAUAAUAAAGAAGGAAAAAAACAUAUAUAAGUCGCACUGGAGUAUAAGUCGCAUUUUUUGGGGAAAUGUAUUUGAUAAAACCCAACACCAAGAAUAGACAGGCUGAAUAAGUGUACGUUAUAUGACGCAUAAAUAACCAACUGAGAACGUGCCUGGUAUGUUAACGUAACAUAUUAUGGUAAGAGUCAUUCAAAUAACUAUAACAUAUAGAACAUGCUAUACGUUUAUCAAACAAUCUGUCACUCCUAAUUGCUAAAUCCCAUGAAAUCUUAUACGUCUAGUCUCUUACGUGAAUGAGCUAAAUAAUAUUAUUUGAUAUUUUACGGUAAUGUGUUAAUAAUUUCACACAUAAGUCGCUCCUGAGUAUAAGUCGCACCCCCGGCCAAACUAUGAAAAAAACUGCGACUUAUAGUCCGAAAAAUACGGUACUUGAAUUAUCCCGCUUAAAUCAACAUCAACGUAUACGGUCGACGGAUUUUGUCGACAUAACAUUUGAGCGCCAAAGGGGCCAUUCCCAUUUAGACCGAGUCCCUUUUUGUUGAUGUGUUGUAGUAGAGGUGGUCCUCAUUUACGACGUUCCGUACGCGCUCCCAUAAAUGAAUUAAAAACUUGAUGUAGUUCCGUAAAUAUGAUAAGACUCACUCAAACUAGUUGCAGCGAGCUAUCCUUUCUUAGCGUAGCACAGUGAUAACAUCGGUUAUAGUCAACUUUUUUCAUUCGCUUAUGUUUCCCAAGUGUACUGUGACAGCUCAUGGAGCCUUUAUUGCUGAAAUUAAAAUAAACAUAAUAAAAAGUUGAACUAGACGAGAAAAGUCCAGCUAUAUUGGCUGCCUUUUUAGUCUCAACAAUUAGACUCCCGCCACCCAAAACACGUGUUUGUAACCUCAUGACCACCAACUGUAUCAUUAUCGCUAAGCGGCGUGAAACAACAGCAACAUACACAACAUUAAAACCGUGACUUCCUGUUCAGUGCAAAGUCGGAUUCAAAAUAAAAGCAUGGCAAUGUUCACAGCAACUAACAAAAUUCAAACAUGCACUGAAAUACCGCAGCGGCUUUGCUAGAUAGGAGUAUAAAUAUGAUAUGAAAACACAGGAAUCUAAAUAAAAAUAUGCGCAAAUCAUUUAUUAUAUCCCUUUCUCCUUAUGCCGCUGCCAAAGUAAAUGUGCAAGCAAUGGCUAUAAUUACAGUUUUGUCAACUGCAUAUGUUGACAUCAGUCAGCCAGUUGGAGGGAAGUCGACAUAAACCGGGUUCUACUGUAAUAUGAAGAUUUAAUGAAAAAUAAAAGUUUAUAAAAAUAUAUAUUGCAGUCCCCUAUUUUCCCCGUGAGUUAUGGACAUGUGCGUCCAACUAAUUAAUUAAAUGUAAAAAGACCCCUUCACAUAUAACAAGACUGAAGUGGAUAAUAGACCCCAGUCGUGCUUUGCUACGAGUUAUUUUCUAAAUUCAAUUGUGUUUCUCACAUUCUUUAUCAAAAUGCUGGCACUCACAACUUAUUUUGGCCCCACGGUGGCCUAUUUUGUGUUUAAUCGUACUUAAUCGAAACCGAGACAUAUUUUUGCUUUCCUAAAAUGUAAUCAUACUAAAACCAAGGCAUGAAAUCUGAGGUACCGCUGUAUUUUGUUGCUUUGACAAAUCCAUAUGUGGAAUUUUUAUCAGUUAAAUGCGAGCCUGUCUGUGUAAAUGUAGCCUAUAAAAGAUUUAAAGUGCGCUGUAAAAAUCCAACCGAUAGGUUGAUAAGCAAUGAUUGAUAAGGGCUGAAUCAAAUGAGGGCCAAAGGUCGUGCUGCAGUGUUUUUCAACAGCAGAGAGUAGACUGGCAAAACAGUUACUGUUCCUCAAAUGGCAAUCAAAACAAUAAUGGUGAUAUUUUCAUGACGUACUGACCGUCUGCCGCCAUAUCCUGCUCUCCUACCUCAUUAAGUUUUAUAUGUGCAGUGUGUGUGACACAACUCUGUAUAAUAAUAAUAAUAGAAAGCAUUUGGAUGAAACAUGAAGGUUCCACUUUUUCUUAAGCGAGCAGUAUUGUCAAAAGUGAAUUGUGCCAACUGUGUUUUGUCAAAAUAAUAUAUGCUUUUUUUAUAAACAUGCUUUGUAAACAUUCCACUGCCAAAUAAGCGGCAGUUCUUUCUGAUUAUGUGCUGAAAAUCUCAAUUUCCCCUCUGGGAUUAAUAAAGUACUUCUGAUUCUG